CACUGUAUUUGCAUCAGCGAACUAUUAUGAUAAAGUAUUGUAUGUGUGUAGAUCUGGCAUGGAUGAUUCGGUCGUUAGAUUUUAGUUGCAGUAAAUUUAAAUUCUCGUACGUUUUCACGUGAAUGAGCCUAUAUAUUAUAUAUCCUAGCUGUAUCCAUAUUUUAUCUAGAGUGAGCAUCGGCUGCAUGUAUAUAUCAUUGAAACCAUGGCUAUGAUCUUGACUGUGUUGGGGUAUGUCGCCCUUCUAAUCUGCGUUAUAUUAGGACUGGCCAUUGUUGUAUUAUCUGCAGCCAUUCUCCGUACUGAAUACGUGUUUAAGGAUGUACCCACUCCAAAACAUAAAAGUUUCUUUCUAGGAGAUAUAAAGAAAUUUGGUGCAUGGAGAGAAAAGAUUGGAAUGCCCUUGGCAAACAUCCUGUAUUUGAUGACAAAGGAUCUUGGACCGGUGUAUUAUGUGAGGGUCUUCUGGAAAGCACAUUUCUUCGCAUCAGCACCUGAAAUUGUUAAGGAGCUGCUUCUAAACAGUCGCCAUAUAAAACCACAAGAAAUAUACCAUGGCUUUCAAAAGCUGUACGGUGAACGAUUUAUGGGCCACGGGCUCGUCUCUGAGGUCGAUCAUGAGAAGUGGUUUCACAGGAGAGCCAUCAUGAAUCCUGCAUUCAGACGAAAGUAUCUAAUCAGCCUCAUGGAGGAAUACAACUCUGGAUCAGAAGCUCUUUGUCAGAAGCUCAAGGAGAAAGCCGAUGGUAAAAUAGAAGUCCCCAUGUUAGACGAACUCAACAAAGUAACACUGGACGUCAUUGCAAAGAUCGCUUUCAGCAUGGAUACUAAUGCUAUAGGAGAUCCAGACUGUCCAUUUCCCGCUGCCAUCACCGCGGCACUCCAAGGAUUACAGAGCUUACACGAGAGGCCAUGGUCUACUAUGGAUCCACGGUGUAUUUCCAUGCGAAGGUCCACACGCAAGGCCAUUCACCUCAUCCGAGAAACCGGACGAGAUCAGAUCAAGGAACGGAUCCGGGCUCGUAAGAGAGCAGAUCAUGUUCCAAGUGAUCUUCUCAACCUCAUCCUCGAUAUAGCCAACGAUCUAGAGGGCGAUAAGGACUUCGGAAUGGAAAAUAUGUUGGAUGAAUUCGUUACCCUUUUCAUAGCAGGUCAAGAAACAACGAGCAAUCUUUUGGCCUUCACAAUUCUACAACUUGGUCGUCACCCCGAUGUCGCUAAAAAGCUUCAAGCUGAAGUUGAUGAAGUACUGGGACAAAAACACACAAUUCAGUAUGAAGAUCUGGCCAAGCUGGAAUACAUGAUGAGGGUUUUGAAGGAAACGUUGAGAUUGUAUUCACCGGUCGGAGGUACAACCCGUCUUACUGCUCACCCUGUCAAAUAUAACGGCAUCACAAUACCAGCCAAGGCCACUGUGACCGUAAUGUCUUACGUCAUGUCUAGAAUGGAGGAAUACUUUGAUGACCCUCUGCUCUUCAAUCCUGAUCGUUUCAAGCCUUCCGAGGACGGAUCAUUGCCUAGACAUCUCUAUGCUUACUUUCCGUUCUCCAUGGGGCAACGAUCUUGUAUUGGCCAACAGUUUGCACUGAUCGAGGCUCGUGUCAUUUUAGCUAAGCUUCUCCAACGAUUCGAAUUUCGACUAGAGCAAUCGCAGAGCAUGGGUAUCCUGGACGAACUAACAUCCAAGCCAAUGGGGAGAUGCAAGAACUACAUCACACUAAGAGCCUAGGCUCACAAAGAGCCUAAAUCCCCGUCAAGUAAGGACGCGGUUAACCGAGCCGGUUUGUUUUUAAUGACACAACUGUCAUACAGAUCCUACCCCAGGCUUCGGAUACAGAUGUCAGUGAAUCGCAUGCAUGUACAAUUAUUGUUUUAUAGUUACAAAACAAAGAGCUACAACAAAAAGCUGUAUGUUGAUUUGAUACUUUGGAUGAACUUUCGUUGUUAAGAAUUUAUGAUAAUGGUUAUAUACCAGACAAAAAAAAGUUUACACCUAGAAAAUUGCUAAUUAUUAAAAAAAAA